AUGUUUCGACCGUGGACACUUCUGCUCCUCGGCUUGAGCUUUGCUUCAGCGGCCGAUGUGACCAGACUUGUAGACUGUUAUCCUGAGCCUGGGGCUAGUGAGCCGUCGUGCCAGGCAAGAGGCUGCAUCUGGCAGCAAGCACCUCCGGACGCUCCAGAAGGUACUCCAUGGUGUUUCUAUCCUACCGCAUCUGGAUUCUUAAUGAUGACUAAGGUUUCUCCCACCAAUUACCUAUUGACGUCAGCCACCAGCAACCCGUAUGGCGGCAAUAUCUCUCCACUGAAUGUGUCUACUCAAACUAAUGGAGCAACACUCUUCGUGACGAUCGGAAACGAUGACAGUUUUGCGGAAUUAGAGUGUCGGCGCAUGCACCAAGGGGCUGACCAGCCCGAAACCCAUUCAUACUUUUCUCUUUCGACAGAACGUGAUAUGUGCCUCCUGUGGACUUCCCAAAUCUACCUCACAACUUCUACAGAAUCGCUCAUUUUCAAAACGACUGUCAUUCCUGACAGUGAUAUUUUCGCAUUUCAAGUCGUUAGGCAAUCCACAAACACUAUUCUUUGGGACACUUCAAUUGGUGGCAUGCAGUUCGCUGACAAAUUCAUUCAAAUAGCCACUCUUCUUCCUUCUCGCAACAUUUUCGGCUUUGGAGAGCACAUUCAUCAACGAUUGAGGCACGACCUUUCGCGCUACACCGUCUGGCCAAUGUUUGCCAGAGAUAUUGGACCAGAUUCGAGCAGUCCUCUCAGCACACAGAAUCUCUAUGGUGUGUUCAUUCCAUUUUACAUAUGUGGCAUUCAUGAUUUAGUGUCGGAUGAUGGAAAAGCUCACGGCGUUUUCAUUUUCAACUCAAAUGCACAGGAAGUCGUCACAGGACCUGGUCCACAUUUGGUUUACCGCACAAUUGGAGGUCGAUUGGAUUUGGCGUUCUUCCCUGGUCCAACACCUGAAGAAGUUGUCCAACAGUACUUGGCCUACGUCGGCCAUCCUUUCUGCCAGCCUACUGGUCGCUUGGGUACCAGCUUUCACGCUGGGGAUACCCCAACCUGGAUGACCAUGAGGGGGAGACGGUGGUGGCACGAACUCAAGGCGGCUCAAGUUCCUCUGGACGUUGCUUAUGCUGACAUCGAUUACAUGGAGCGUUAUAAAGACUUUACUGUGGGACCGAACUGGGCUGGAUUCGGCGCAUACGUGGACGAUCUGCAUAACAUGGGCCUUCAUUCUCAGUCUGGAGGUCUUCGCUCCGCCAUCUGA